AUGGCACCUCCGCUCUCUCGACUCUUCCCCGCACCCCUCCCCGCCCUCCUCGGCGCAACACCACCUCCACCCUCCCUGCUCUCCGGCGCCAGCCAUCAGAGUACUUUGAGGACCGCGUUGAAAUCUUCAGCCCGACUGGCCGAGGUCAACCUAGCGCAUACCGGCCCCUCAUACACCGCUCGCACAGCUCGCACAGCCGUACCAGCAGCGCAACAUCCCUUUCCUCGUCCUCAUCCACCUCCUCAUCGGGGUCAGGCUCGGAGCCAGCCACUCCCACCCGCCCGCCUCGGCGCCACAUACACGCAUACUCUACAUCCUCGGUACCCCGCCUGGAGCGCGAUCCCGGAGAUCGUAAAGGCGCAAAACCGUCCAGCUCGUAAAUGUAUGUACCUGGGGCUGGACCCUUCCAUGAGCGCAGACCCUGCAUCGCUCUUCCGCCCGGGAGCCGACACGAGUAGCAGAGGCGGUGAUGUGCGCCUCGGAGAUAUACUCGCUUUAAGCUUUCCUACACCUCCCGAAGAACGGGUCCGAGCGGCCCCGCGCCCGGCGCGUCCUUUGAGCUCUCGUGUCAUCAUCAGGAUGUCCGCCCAGAUUAUUCAAAUUCCAUCAGCCGUCGCGCACCCUACCAUGGAGGAAUCCUCCGCAUCAGCCCUUCAAACCGCUUCCUCCCCUACCGCCGCCGGUGCCCCCAUCCUCACCCCCGCCUCAGCCGUCCUCCCGUCUCCCCACCACCUGCACCACGAGAUGCACCGUCGGCUCUCGGAACACUUUGAUGACCGGCUCGGGGCGUUGAAGCAUUCAAGCGACGUGACGGAUGAAGGGGCGAAGAAGGAAUGGGAUAUCAGGAUGCCGGUCAAGGAGGGAGAGGUGGUGGUGAGCUCAGCAGCUGCCAGAUCUUUGCGCAUUCCACCUCGUCAUGGUGAUCAUCCCAGUCCCUCUCCGCCACCUCUCCUGCACGGCCACUCGGGUCUCUGCCCAAUAUCCACGGGGACCAAGGCGGCGCCUGAUGAUCUCGACAAGCCCGUUCAGUAA